GUCUCCUUUGCGACUCGUCGUGAAAACCAAGCGCUUGACGUUGCACAAAUAGCAAGAUGGUAGGACUGAGCAGCAUCGCUUUCGCCAAGCGCCAUGAGCGUUCCCCCGAAGAGCGCAGUCUGGUGCGAAGGCUCGAUAUUUUCCUGAUGACAUUUGGCUGCAUAUCCCAAGUCAUCAAGUACCUGGAUCAGCAAAAUAUCAAUAAUGCAUAUGUCUCCGGGAUGAAAGAAGACCUCAACCUGUAUGGCAAUGAACUCAAUUACUUCACCACCUGGUUCAAUGUCUCAUAUUGCAUCAUGCUGAUCCCGUCACAAGUCAUCUUGACCUAUGUGCGCCCCAGCUACUGGCUUUCUGGGUUGGAAAUCUGCUGGGGUCUUAUGACAGGAUUGAUAGCCCUGACCACCAAUGCGAAGCAAGUCUACAUCCUCCGUGUCUUCCUUGGACUCUGCGAGAGUAGCGCCUGGCCGGGUAUGAUGACCUUAUUGAUGCAUUGGUACACACCCUCGGAGCUGGCCAAGCGCAUGGGCUUCUACCACUCCUGCCAAGGCAUCGGCUCCAUGAUGUCGGGCGCGCUGCAGGUCGCCAUCAUCAACACGCUGCAUGGGGCCAACGGGAUCGCUGGCUGGCGGUGGCUGUUCAUUAUCAAUGCCGUUAUGACGGUGGUCGUUGGCGCCCUGGGCUUCUUCCUGCUGCCCGACACGCCGAAUAACGUCAAUCCCCGGGCGUUCUGGUUCAAGGAGGGACAUGCGCAGCUUGCUAUGGAGCGGUUGGAGCGGAAUGGGCGCGCCGAGCCGAAGAAGAUCACCUGGGAGAGUGCCAAGCGCACGUUCAACAACUGGGUCGUCUACUUCCUCCCCGUGCUGUACAUUGCAACCGUGCUCGCAUCCUAUGGGUAUGCUUACUUCGGCCUGUUUCUGAAGAGCUUGACGAACGCGGAUGGAACUCCAAGGUGGACAACUUCCGAAGUAAACGCUCUGCCGAUUGCGGGCAACGCUAUUCAAGUGGUGUUCGUCUGGAUAUGGGCCAUUCUAUCAGAUGUUUUGCAGACUCGUUGGACCCUCAUCGUGGCUCAAUCCGUGAUCGGACUUAUCCCCGCCAUCGCCAUGAGUAUUUGGACAUCGCACCCCGAAACGACGUCUCUGGCCACUGCUUACGCAAGUUACUACGUCUCGUUCCUCUGCUUGGGCACUGCUCCUUUGAUAUUCGCCUGGCUCUCUGAUCUCUUGCCUCAAGAUCCAGAUGGAAGAACACUCAUUGUUGGAGUCUCCAUUGCUACUUACUACGCUGUUGCAGCAUGGUCUCAAGUGCUAGUCUGGCCAGCCACGGAAGCCCCCUACUAUAAAUAUGGCUGGCAGUCUUGCAUCGCCCUUUGGGUAUUAGUCAUCAUCAUGACUUCCAUCCUGCGGUACAUCGACUGGAAGUAUCUACUACCAAAGCGUGAGGCUUUCCACACAAGACUUAUCGAAGCCUCAAAGACAUCCGAGACCGAGCCUACAGCUGCGGAUGGAACCACCAUCGGGGAAAGCUCGAACUCCAAAAUGCCUAAGUUGACGGCCGGUGCUCCAGAAGUAUGAUUCAUAAUCCAUUACAGCAAAGUUCACGAUUGGUCAUUUGCAUGUUGUCGACAUACAUGCAUGUAGAUCUAGAUAUAGAUGAUGCAAAGAAUAGGACGGAUCCGGGACUCUAUCAACCAUAUUACCUUAGCCCGCUACCGAGUCUGGAUCCUGUUGCCUUCAUAUGAACAAAUAUAC